CGUUCCUGUGAUUAGCUUGGUGUUGCAAUCAAUACCUGUCUUGGGCUGCAGGUUCGCGUCGGUGCUCGUUCAAGGUAGUGACUACAGUUCUCUCAAGACCGGGCCACUAGUAGUGCCUUUGUUCCUCGUCCAAUCAGAAACCGCAAAACUCUGAAGCCGGCCGGGCGACGGAGUGCCUGGCAAUCAGUCAAGUCACUGCAGUGAUAUCUUCAAUUUCCCCGGCCUUUGUCGGUGGUGGUUCCUUUCCCUCUACAUCUACCCAUUCCUUCUCACCAUGUCAUCCCACGACACUCAGUUUUCUCGAUUGAAGAGGAGGAAGCUGGACAGUGCCCCGGAAGGCGAGGAAAUUCCUGCGGUUGUCACCUCGCACACUCAGCUGCGGACUGCAUUAACCUUUCAGCAGAACCCUGCUGAAUCUAAGCAAGGGUUACGAAAAUUUAAAGAUUUUCUCAGUUCUAUCGUGCAGGCAGAAAGCGACGGCGAGAAGGCCAAAAAAUUCCGCAUUCUCAAAGCUUAUUGCGAUUCGCAGUGCUCUCGACUUAACGAGAAUGAGGCGGUUUGCUUCACUGACCUGGUUCAGACCUGGAACUUUGCUGACAGCAACAACAACGAGUCUUUACUGACCACGGUUCCCGCUGUGCUCGCUCAAUUCUUCAAGACUGUCUCCACCAAUCUGGACUUUCGGGACUUUGGCUUGGCAUUAUGCAAGUAUCUCCUACAGAAAGAGCAGCUGAAGCUGUUCAACCGCGGCUUGACUGCGGUUAAAUCAAAAGAGCAUCUUAUCUCCCCUUGCCUCCGUCUUCUGACGGAGAUGGUCACCUUUGACGGGGGUGCUGUUGCACGCCAGGUAUACCAGGCGCGCCACGUGACGUUCAAGCGCGUGGAGUUCUUCCUGACCCCAAACAAGGCUCAGUUGGAGGAGAUGGCUGAGGAAGGAAAUAAGUCUACGCUGCGGAGGAACGCUCAGAAAUACGUCCUGGCAAAUCUGAAGUUCCAGCACGCCAACGCCAAAAGUGAUAUUAUCGAGCAGCAUAAGGUGAUCAGAGCAUUCCUCGAAUAUGUCAGGAAAGACCCUCGCGAUAUCGUUCUCGAAAUCCUACAGUGUAUUGACCGAGAUGUCAUUCGCGAUGCUUCCAUCACUCGCAAUGCGAAAACGAAGUUCUUCAGCCGGUGGAACCUUGAGCGACUGGUAACCUUGUACGGAUAUGAUCGCGAGUCAGAGGAGCCCAACCCCAGCGGCAUUUCGACUGCAAACGAGGCCCACAAGAUUCUGAUGAAUGUUUGCACGAAUCCUGACCUUGGUGUGCUUCUUCCGGACAACGGCUGGUAUCCCACCGGCAGCGACCCGGAAACUUUGCCGACGGACGACGAUACACUGAUUGACCUGGGCCUGGACUCAGCAGUUUAUCUUGACAAGUACAACAAGACUGUGCCUGUUCGUAACGGGACAUUGUCCUAUCUGGCUCAAGCUCUCCGCCCAGAUGCAGAUAGUCUUCAGAUUGAACUUCUUGUUGCCAUCUUCAAAGCGGCACCAGAGCUUGUAGCGGAUUAUUUUACAAAGAAGACCAUGUUCACCGCGGACCCGAAACCUACUGCAUCCUGGAUGGCAGAGUCUGCCCUCUUAUUCUCCACUGUCCAGCUUCCAGUUCCUUUGAACUGUGGUUACAAGGACAAAUUGCCCACAAUGCCACCGCCAGUGUCAGUGGUCAUUGAGAAUGUCCUGCCUCGCCCUCUGUCACAGAAGAUCCUUAGUCGCUGCCUGAACAUGAACACAGAGAUUGUCACGCUGUUUGCCGUGAGAAUCCUUACGAUCGCCUUCAACAAGCUGCGAGCCGUUCUGAAGAUCUUCAACUCGGAUCACGGCGUUAGCCAGUCGCUGUGGACUCAAGCGGCCGACAAACUGAUUGCUGAGUUCUGUAGGAGAUGUCCAGCUGUCAAGGAGGUUAUUGUGCUAUUCAAGAGAACUCCCAAAGAUGAUUUACAGCAACAAGAUGCGGUCUCGGAACUCCUUGUGUGCUACUAUGAGGUUGUUCCAGAUGCUGCGUUGGAAGAGGGAUUUGAUGUUGCUUUAGUAAUGGUUGAUAUCCUCAAGAAACUAGAUGAGCAGAAUAUUGACGCAGACGACUCCGAACUUUUGCUAAGUCAACUGCAAAACCUGCUCAGAAUUACCCAGCAGUCUUCGUCGAUGCGUUGGUGGCAGCAGCCAGCAACUAUGCAAUAUUCGGCCUUCACCUCUAUCUUGAAAGUUCUGGUGCAGGCCCCAUCACGGGAAUCCUUGAGUGAGAUCAAUAACCUGCUUCGAAAGGUACUCAACGAGUACUCCAUUAUCCAAGACAUCUCUGUCUUCCCUUCGAUAUUAUCUAGCUUCGAGACCACCGAUUCGGACAAGCUUCAGCACCAGUUGUCCUUCUUCGAUAAUUGUGUCUGUCGUAUCGCCAAGAAGCCCGUCCAUUAUCAAGACCUGCUUGAAGCCUCAUUCCAAAAAGCUUCCAGGCCGGUGAGUCUCAUUAUCGCUGCUAUCCUUGAACAGUGGCCGUUCGUGGUCCAAACUGGCGAUAAAACUACGGAGCUCGCCGUCAGCGCUUUGAUUGCGAAGCUGCUCGGGAGUCUCAAACACGCUGGGGAAGACUCCAAAGCCUUGAAAGCUGCUCGGGAUACAUUAAUGGAUGGCACUGAGAACAAGAAAUCCAAGUCAAUCUUGAAAAAGGCGUGGAAAGAGAGUGAAGUGCCGGAGGACGACUUGGUCGAUGAACUCCGUGCCUCUAAACCAGGAAACUCGUCCACUGAACUGAUUGGACAAUCAGAGGUGGACUUAGAUGAGAUUUUCGGUACUUUGCCCGCGGAGGGCACAACCCAUAAUGAAUUGUACCGAUGGGAGAAGGAUGAAAUCGACGUGGCAAUCGAGCAGGGUCGGAUUGCUGAUUUGAUGCUCUGUCUGUGCUCAGCGCACGAAGAGGUCCGCAGGCAGGCAUUUGCGAAUGUGAAUCGCUUCAUGGCGAAGCUUAAGGACUCGAAAUACGUUGAAUGGCGGUCCGUUUAUAUCCUUACGGGUGAGCUGCUCGAGACAGUCAAGGAGCUCGGUCUUGAGUCUCCUGUACCGUGGAUCGUUGGGGAAUGUGCCUCCAGCUGCCUCGAUGUCCUGACUAACCCAAUGCACAAACUGUAUGGCAAGGUCAACAAAUUCUUGCAGAAAGCUCCUUCUUGGGAGUUAGAGAAGAUCCCGUCUUUCUGGAUUGAUAAGAUCUUGCUGCAUGAACCUGAGCUUGAUGAUGGGUACUUUGAAGAGACCGGAUGGUUAUUUGAUUUGCUCAUCAAAGGUCUUCGCACUGAAGUGGACAUGGAUAUCUAUCGCCGCGCCAACGUCUUUGAACGGUCCCUCUCCUACUAUGAAGCACCCAGCGCAUCCCACUCGGUCAAGAGAAAGAUUCUGCAACUCCUGUAUCGCACGACUCAAGUGCAUGGUAGUACGACGUUGAUUACGAGAGCAGGCAUUAUGAGCUGGAUCCAGAGUCAGAUCCCAGCCGUGACGGCUAAAGAGACGCCUACGUUCACGGCGAUUGCUCACUCCCUGCAGCGGACCUCUGACAGCGAUCGGGUCGAAAAAUGGAGUGGAGGAGCCGUGCUGCGAACGGUUGAGAAGAUUGCGGGCUAAAGGGCUACCCGUUGGAAUUAUCAUACUAGUUGUAUAUGCUCGAUAGACAUGUGUUGGAAUCCAAUUGGCGCUCGGUUGUGGUGGUAUACUAGUGCAACAUGGAGAUACUCGUAAGCUCAACGCCGUUUGGUCUGACCUGGGCCAGAUU